GUCCGGUGGUGGUGGCAGUGGCUGGGCCCUGGGGCCGGCGGCAGGGCCCCCCGGGAGGCGGGGAAGCGGCGGCAGCGACCCGGAACUGCGGCUGGGCGGGGAGCCGUGCUAAGCGGCGGUGACGGUGCCGUUGCGGGAGCCAUGCCGCCGCCCAAGGACGUGGUGAAGAUUGCCAUCCAGAUGGUGGGAGCCAUCCCGCAGCUCAUCGAGCUCCAUCAGACCAAGCCGCUCACCUCGGUGCUCAAGGACGUCUGCGAUGCGUGGAGCCUGCCCAACGCCGAGCGCUACGCCCUGCAGUACACGGAUGGGCGGCAGACCUACAUCACCGAGUCGAACCGCAGGGAGAUUAAGAAUGGGAGCAUUUUACGGCUGACCACCUCUCCGGAUCAAGAAGCAGAGAGGUUGUACAGUGGGAUCCAGAGCAACAACUCAGAUGUGAAGACUGACUCGCUGAAGAAGCUUGCAAGCCUCUCCCAAGACGUUACCUUUGCUCAGGAAUUCAUCAACAGGAAUGGCUUGAAACAAAUCUUCUAUAUUGUGGAAGAAGGGAAUGCGACAGGGGAAAUGCUUGCUCACACCCUGAAGGCCUUCAUGGAGCUGAUGGAGCAUGAUUUUGUUUCCUGGGAGACUCUUAGCGCAGCCUUCAUCAGGAAGAUAGUGAGUUAUGUGAAUAUGAACGCAGUGGAUGCAUCUGUCCAGCAGCUCUCCUUGUCUAUCUUGGAGAACAUGGUGCCCACCAGUCGCCUCCUCUUUGAGCUAGUGAAAAAAGAAGUGACACUGGAUCGUCUGCUUACCCACCUGCAGGUGACAAAUGCCCAGCUGCAGCUGAAGGCGAUGGCCCUGCUCAUUGCGCUGCUGCUGGCUGCCACCGACACGGAGCGGCGGGACAUGAUGGACUACCUGAGGGAGAAGAACAUCAGGCAGUUUAUCCACAAGAACAUCAUCCACAGCUCUGAGCCACUGGGGGAUGAGAUGGCCCAUUACCUGUACGUGCUGCAGUCUGUCAGCCUCAACCUGUGCGAGCGCCGCAUGAGAAGCUCCAUGGAUCCCUACUCACAGGAGCAGCGGGAGCUCCUCCAUUCUCUGCGCCAAACCGCCUUUGAGUCGGAGAGUGAGGUCCCUGCCAGCAACUUCAGCACCGAGCGCCGGCGAUCCCUGUGCGCCAAGGAGUUCCGCAAGCUGGGCUUCACGAACAACAGCAACCCAGCAGAGGACUUCCGCCGUGCCCCGCCAGGACUCCUUGCCCUCGACAACAUGGUGUAUUUCGCCAGGCACACCCCCAGCGCCUACGGCAGGUUUGUCCUCGAGAACAGCAGCCGGGAAGACAAACACGAAUGUCCCUUCGCUCGAAGCAGCAUCCAGCUCACCCUGAUCCUCUGCGAGAUCCUGCACAUCGGAGAGCCGUGCUCGGAGACGGCUCAGGCCUUUUACCCUAUGUUCUUCGGGCAGGAUCAUUUCUUUGAAGAACUCUUCUGCAUCUGCAUCCAGCUGGUGAACAAGACCUGGAAGGAGAUGCGCGCUACCCAGGAGGACUUUGACAAGGUGCUGCAGGUGGUGCGGGAGCAGAUCACAAGGACCCUGUCCCUCAAGCCCACCUCCCUGGAGCUAUUCAAGAUCCGGGUGAACACGCUGAACUACAGUGAGAUCCUGAAGCUGCGUCAGACAGAGCGGCUGCACCAGGAGGAGACACUGGCUGUACCCGUGCUGGAGCUGCGCGAGAGGCUGAAGCCGGAACUCCUGGAGCUGAUCCGCCAGCAGCGCCUGCUGCACCUCUGCGAGGGCACCUUGUUCCGCAAGAUCAGCAGCCGCCGCAGGCAGGACAAGCUCUGGUACUGCCGCCUGUCACCCAACCACAAGGUGCUGCACUACGGGGAUGUGGAGGAGGGGGUGCACUCUGCCCCCAUCGAGAGCCUGCUGGAAAAAAUUCCCGUGGCGGACAUGAAGAUGCUGCUGGUGGGAAAGGAGUGUCCACACACCAAGGAGAAGAGCUCCGGGAAGCAGAACAAGGACGUCCUGGAGCUGGCCUUCUCCCUCGUGUACGAUGUGGAGGAAUACUGCCUCAACUUCGUUGCCCCCACCCGCUAUGAGUUCUGCCUCUGGACAGAUGGGCUGAACGUGCUCCUGGGCAAGGAGAUGACAAGCGAGCGAAUGCAGACAGACCUUGAUGUUCUGCUGUCCAUGGAGCUCAAGCUGCGGCUCCUGGACCUGGAGAACAUCAGCAUCCCCGACACCCCCCCUCCCAUCCCAAAGCCCCCCAGCAAUCUGAACUUCUGCUAUGACUUCAGCCACGCAGAGCAGUGAGUUCCUCCCUGUGCCCUGUCCCCCCUGCCAAAAUCAAACCCCUUCCUCCAGGCUCUGUCCUCCAUCUCCUGCCCAAAGGUUGUGCCUUGCACAACCUGGGGCGAGCUGCCACCCCUGCCCAUAUCCUGCCCUCCUGCAGGAGCCUGGGGAUGAUCCACAGAGCUUUCGGCUCCUCUUUGAGGGGGGUGACCCCUCCGUGGUGGUGCUGCCACCCCCUGCAGCCAGGCUUUGGGCAGGGAGGGCAAGAAUGGGGGCAGGAAUAAAGGUGUAGGGAGCACUACACAGGUACAAAUCUGCACCGCCUGACUCCCCCUGCCAGCGUAGGGAAUCCUUUCUGGACAAGAAGGGGUUUAGAAAAAGGAUGAAAUACCCUUUCUGCUCAGUUUGGUGAGCAGACAGCAUCUCUAGAGCACACUGUGCCAGCCCAGCCAGGCCUCUUCUGCACUGAAAGGGUUUUGUGCUGAGCCCUGUGCUCCCCCGUGUGCCCCCGCUUUGGGAACUGGGGUGUUUAGGGUACAAGCCGCCUCUCCCAGCACCGUUUCAGUUGGGCAGGGGCUGGUUGUGCCAGUCCUGGUGCCUUCCCCCGUCCCAGGCGGGUACUUGCACACUUCAAGCCCUGCUGCUGCACUACUGCACCACGAGCUACCUCCUGCCCAGCCCCCACCCGCUGCCCCACACCCCCUGGUGCCAACAGCUUCUCCUCGGGGGGCUGCAGUAAAAUCUGCAGCUGCAGGUCGCCAGGGCUCCAACUGUGCCUCUGCCUCCCACCCACUGGGACAAUAAACACUCGUGGGGAACUCGG